AUUCUGUUCACUGUGGAGUCAGAUCCUACAGCUCCAGCUGUUGAUAACUUUGUAAAAGAAAGCAGAGACAUCCAGGAGCUCUGUGAGAGCUGUGGAGGAAGAUAUGUUGUUCUCAACAUCAAGGACCAGCAGCAGAUCCCAGAGCUGCUGGAUGCUGUGGAAAAGAUGAAACUGAGACCCAAUGAAGACGAACCACACGGCUACACAACAGAAACAUACGCACAUGCUCAAAGAGAAAAGAUCAGCACACUUCAGGUUGAACUGAGAGACCUGAGAUCAAAAAGCACAGUCAGCUGUGAUGCUGAGAAGCAGAGUCCAGAGUGUCUCAGGAUUGUGCUGUUCGGGGAGACCGGCUGUGGAAAGAGCUCUUCAGGAAACACCAUUCUGGGAAGGGAAGAGUUUGAAGCUGAAUCAAGCCUUAAAUCAGACAUCAAACGCUGUCAGAAAGCAUCGGGGGAGGUGGACGGUCGUCCUGUUGUUGUGGUCGACACUCCUGGUCUGUUGGACAGUAGUUUGAGCCAGGAGGAAGUCACUGAGGAGCUGUCGAAAUGCAUCGGUCUUCUGGCUCCAGGACCACAUGUCUUCCUGUUGGUGUUACAAAUCGGCAGAUUCGCACCAGAAGAGAAGGAGACAUUAAAAUUAAUCAAGGAAGUCUUUGGGAAGAAUUCUGAAAACUUCACCAUCAUUCUUUUCACUGGAGGAGAUUCACUGGAAACUGAUGAAGUGUCCAUUGAAGAAUACAUAGAAAAGAAAUGUGACGAUUCCUGUAAGAAGCUGAUUGCUGACUGUGGAGGAAGAUACCAUGUGUUCAAUAACUAUGAUGAAGGUAACCGGACACAAGUCAGAGAGCUGAUAACCAAGAUUAACUCCAUGGUGAAGACAAAUGGAGGCAGCUGCUACACUAAUGAGAUGCUGCAUGAAGCAGACGUUGGGAGGAUCCUGAAGGAGAAGGAAGACGAGAUGGAGAGACAGAGAGAGGAAAUGGGAAGAAAACACGAGGAAGAAAUGCAAGAGGUGAAAAGCAGAAUGGAUGAACAGAGAGCAGAAAUUGAAAAGGAGAGACAACUGAGAGAAA